CACGGGAUAUAAAUACGUAAUUGCUGAAAUUUUGAGGUUUGGUUUCAUGGAGAGAAAGCUUCUAGGAGCUUUUGGAGUUCGACGGUGGCAAUAAAGUUAGAGAAAUAUUGCCAGUCGAAGAAGUUUCCUCAUCUGCAAUUUCAACACUACUGUGUACAAGUUUGAUUGCAGAUAUUGUAUCAUAUUACAAAGGGAUGCAGUCUCUAAUAAACAUUGUACCAGCUGCAUUGAACAAUAUAAACACAAAAUUUAUUGUUUUGGACAAAGGGAGGAUAGCUUACGAAGGGCAACAAAAGAUGUGUUUAGCACUAGUUGCAGAUGAGACAGCUGCAGUUCACUUUCAAAUGUGGGGUGAUGAAUGUGAUGCUUUUGAGGCUGGGGAUAUAAUCCGGUUAGAAAACGGCAUCUUUUCUUAUAUCCGCAAUAACCGCAACAACCAUGUGCUACGUGCAGGUAAGCGAGGCAAGGCAGAAAAAGUUGGAGAGUUUACCAUGGCCUAUGUGGAGAAACCAAACAUGAGUGAGAUACAUUGGGUCCCUGAUCCCAAGAAUCCUAAGAUAUAUAUGCGAGUGGCUAAUUCUCAGUUUUCAUGACUGUGCAUUGACUAUUGGGUGAUCUUAUAUUUGAAAGGCUUAUGAGCAGGAAUAAAGGAGGUGAAAAGGUUGCUUUUGAGUAGCUGCAAAACAGUGUCAUCCUGAGGAAGUUGAAUGAAUUUCAAACUUGAGCUGAAAUUGGAUAAUGAUUGGAUAUAAGAAGGGAGCUUGUUGUCAUGAGGUGAUGGGAUAAUGAGAACUGUAAUAGACAUGUUCUUUUCUCUAGUUAUGAGAAGCUUUGCCAUUUCUACUGUGGCCACUAAAUGACCAAUUCCUGGAGAAGGAAUGAAGAUCAACUCUAUGUUCUUGGUACUGGUCAUUUUUUUGGCUUUUGAUAUUGUUUGAAACUUGAAAGAAAGAGGACUUUGUGGAUUGGGAGUGUAA